AUGUCGACUUCGAAUUCCAUCACAAUCGCGUGCGCGAAAUCUCUCGAGGACUUUGAACGUGAUUACAUGCCUCCUCGAUCUUCAUAUGCUCUCUAUGAUACGUCGCCUAAAUCUGAAGAUGAAGCGGUGAAAUCUUAUAAACUAGGUUUGUAUAAACCUAGUACGCUACGCCGGGAAGAUUUAACGGCUUGUUUGGAGUUGGUUGAGAAGACGUCGGGGAAGCAUUAUAGGGAGAGUAAAGGGGGGUGGAAUGGGAGAAGGAAGAGGAAGGAAAUGGAGCUGUGGGAUUUGAGGUAUUUGGUUGUGAGGGAGGUGGAUCUUGGGGUUUGCGAGGGAGAGGGAGAGUGGGAGGAUGAGGAGGAUGAGGAGGAUGAGGAGGAUGAGGAUGAGGAGAUGAUUGUGGAAGAAUCUGGAGAGAAAGGAAAAGGCGAAGGAGAGAUCAAGGGAUUUAUGAGUUUUAUGCCUACGUUUGAGGAUGGCAUCAAAGUGCUUUAUCUUUAUGAAAUACAUCUCAUGGAUGAAUUACGUGGCACAGGCCUAGGCACCCACCUAAUGUCCAUCUUUACCAACAUUGCGCGCGCCAUUCCUGGUGUCGAAAAAACAAUGCUAACAUGUUACACGGCUAAUGAAGCGGCGUUGAAGUUUUACAGGAAGCUUGGUUAUGAGAAGGAUGAGUAUAGUCCGGAGCCGAAGAGGCUGAAGGGGGGGAAGGUGUUGGAGAGUGAUUAUGUUAUUUUGAGUAAGAGGGUUGAGAGGAUGGGGGAUGGUGUAGAAGAUAAAGAGGUGGAGGCCGGAAAGGGUAAGAGGAAGAGGGGGGUUUGA